CUGACUAUUCUGCACUUUGUAGAAUCUUGAGACACAGAGAGAAAGAGAGAGACACGAUCGUUUUGUACGCAAAACUCACUCGUUAAAAAAAAAAUGGAGGACAAAGUUAACACUGGAAACUCCGCCGUCGAGGCCGCCGAGAGCAAUCCCGCUCCGGCUAAGAAGACUAACAAGAGCAAGGCUAAACCGCAGGAAAAGAAGGCGACGCGGCCAUCGACCUCCGAGAUGGUGAGAACAGCCAUCAAAGAAUUGAAGGAUCACAAGGGCUCGUCUCUACAAGCGAUUAAGAAGUACAUUGUGGCGACUUACAAGGUAGACGGUGAGAAGGUCGCGCCGUUUGUCAGGAGAUACUUGAAGGCUGCCGUCUCGUCGGGCGUCGUCGUGCAAACCAAAGGCAAAGGCGCUUCCGGAUCCUUCAAAUUAUCGACGGACACUUCCAAGCCUAAGCCUAAAGCGAAAGUGAAGCGCGCUUCCAAACCGGUGACGAAGAAAGACAAAAUCGAAAAGACCACGACAGCGCGAAAACCAGCCGCCACGAAGAAAGCAGCCGCUGCUAAGAAAGUGACCGAGAGCCCGAAGAAACAGCCCGCUCAGAAGAAAACUGCCGCUGCUGCUAAAUCUGUCGGAAAGAAGAAGAGUAAGGCUGCCGCAGAGACGAAGGCACCGUCGAAAGCUAAGAAAGCUGUAAAGGCACCCGCGGCGAAGACCAAGACGCCAAAACCGAAAAAAGCAGCAGCGAAAGCCGUAGUAAUUUCUGCAAAAAAAUAAUUAUUCUGCUCGCUACAAUUUCAAAUGGCCCUUUUCAGGGCCCAAAUCACAUUUCAUACGCGAGGAACAUUUCGAAAAAUUGCAAUCGAUACAUACCUCAUUCUACCUCUCCCAAAAUAUAUUUCAUUAGACAUUUUAAUUUAUAUUC